AUGGCCACAUCGACAGACCCGACUGUGCCGCUCCCCACCACGACCGACAAUGACGAUGAUGACGACGAUGAUGUGACUUCUCUCGCACCUGGACCACCUGGACCACCAGCCCCAACACCGAACGCCUCUACAACAUCAGCAUCAGCAACAGCAACAUCAUCAUCACCGCUGUCAUCUCUAACGGGCGUCCCCACUCCAAAUUCGACUGAUGCCUCAAUUUCCCCAGGCCCAGCUGCCACGUCCGGAAACAGCGGACUUAGCGCUGGUGCCAGCGCGGGCAUUGGUGUGGGAGCUGCUGUUGGGAUAAUUCUACUAUUGCUAGCAGGCUGGUUCCUUGUACGGAGAAGACGUUCUGGAUUGUUGCGCCGUCUAUCGAAAAUAUCCGCCGUCAGCAGCGGCACUACGCACGACCUAGAGAAAUCCGGGAUGGGAAUGAGCCCAGAGAUUAUAGAACAUGGAGCGCUUGGCCCGGCGGAGAUGGAGGCUGGAAAUGCAAGUGAGAGGCGCCCUUCUGAGCUCGCCAGUCCCGUUGUCCCUGUGGAGGCUGCUGGUGAUCGAAGAUUUGCUGCAGAAUUGCCAGGCUCUGAAGUUCCCCCAGCAGGCGUGAGGAAGGGAAGUAAGGAGCGGCUGUUUCUAGAUUCGCCGAUUGAUGAAGAGGAAGGCCGGUUCGAGAAGGAUUUGAGACCAAUCGACGAGAAGAAACCACCAUUGUGA